CAACAGAGAGAGUAGAUGGUAUGGAGACAAUAGAGAAAGCAGAUGGCAUGAUGACUCCAGAGAAAGUACAUGGCUUUGGGACAACAGAGGAAGCAGAUGGCCUGGAGACAACAAAGAAAUCAGAUGGCUUGUUGACAACAGAGAGAGUAGAUGGUAUGGAGACAAUAGAGAGAGUAUAUGGCAAGGCGACUCCCGAGAAAGCAGAUGGCAUGAUGACUCCAGAGAAAGUACAUGGCUUUGGGACAACAGAGAAAGCAGGUGGCUUGUUAACAGGGAAGUCAGUUGGUAUGGAGACAACAGAGAAAUUAGAUGGCAUGGUGACUCCAGAUAAAGCAGAUGGCAUGGUGACUCCAGAGAAAGCUGAUGGCAUGGUGACUCCAGAGAAAGUAGAUGGCUUGGAGACAACAGAGAAAUCAGAUGGUAUGGAGACAACAGAUAAAGAAGAUGGGAUGGCGACUCCAGAGAAAGCAGAUGGCUUCGAGACAACAGAGGAAGCAGAUGGUAUGGAAACAACAGAGAAAGUAGAUGGCAUGGUGACUCCAGAGAAAGCAGAUGGCAUGGUGACUCCAGAGAAAGCUGAUGGCAUGGUGACUCCAGAGAAAGUAGAUGGCUUGGAGACAACAGAGAAAUCAGAUGGUAUGGAGACAACAGAGAAAGAAGAUGGCAUGGUGACUGCAGAGAAAGUAGAUGGCUUGGAGACAACAGACAAAGCAGAUUGUAAAAGAUCGUUGAUAUUGUUGAGAGAGAAUAUAUACUGCGAUACAUGCAGAAGUGUAAAUAUGGUAACAAGAGGCCAGCGAGGGAAGAUUCAUCACAGGAACCUGAGGAACAUAUUGUUCAAAGACUCGCUAAACCAAAUACGACUGAAAAAAACAACAAGACAUUCUUUCACUUUAAAUUUGAUAAUUAAAUGUUUUCAUUCAUUUGAUUUACUAUGUUUACUGGUUACACAGUGUCACAAUUGCUUGAAUAGUCCAUAAUUGUUUAUUAUUAUUAAUGGGUGUAGUAGUAAAAAAUGUGGUAACACCUAAAUAUAUCCUUUCAACAUUAUUCUAUCAUUCAAGUUAGUUCUUUUUGUUGGCGUUUCUUAUUGUUGUCCUUGGUUUUUGAUGGCCCUUUUGUGUUUGCAGCUCCAAUACACAAGUGAAUGUGUACCAUUCAAUAUGUGUUAUGUUUGGUACUAUUGCCUCAAGUGCAGAAGCUCAAACAUUUGAGCCUAGGUUGGAAAAUAAAAUUAGUAUUUGCCACACGUGAACUAUCAUGGUAAAAAACUUGAUAAUGUCGAUCUAGUAUAAAGGUGGUAUUUUGUUUAUUUGCUUCCAUCCAUCCUUCAUUGCCACUAUACCCAUUGUUGUUUGCUGAGGUCUCAUAAAGCUAAUAUGGUAAACAUGUUGAUUGAUUCGGCAUGCUUAUUUUUCUAUAUUCGCAUACACUUAACAUUUCAUGGGCAAAAAAUCAAUACCUAGUCAUCUUUUUCCUCUCUGUUUGUUCUAAAAACCGCAUGAUGGGUAUUGUACUUUGUUUGUAUACCACAUUUGGCGAUAGAAAAUAUCUCAACGCUAAGUAUAAUUCAAAUAUAACAAUGAAAAUACUAAAAAAAGGUAACAGACGUUGUGUUUUGACAUCACGUCUGUUAUAUUGCCAAACGUAACAUAGGUUACUAUUUUGUAUGAAAUAGUUGGGUUUCUGCAGACUUUUCUUUAGCUUAUAUUAAACAUUUUACAGAAACAUUUCUUAACUUUUCAGAUUCACUUAUUUCAUCAGUUAAUCAACAGUAAUUCUCAUAAUAAGUAUAACAAUGAAGAUGAAGUAUGACCACACUACCAGCACAAUGUCAACAGAUAAAAGUAGACGUCUAUGGUUGAAAAAUAUAAACAAAAAUGCACAAUAAAUGUUUCAUUUAUGUUGGAAAUUGCUAGUCAUCAUCAUUUGAUAGAGAUUUAUUCUUCUGAUUUGAAUAGAAACUGAAUGUUGAUCGGUCAAGUAACGUGCGUUACCUUUCAACCACUAUAAUGAAAAUGCUGUUUUAAUGCCCCAAAACGGUAUAAGUUAUGUUCCUAACAACGUAGUUUAAUUAUUUAUAUAUUAAUCUUACAGGCUGCACAAAAAAAAUAAAGAUAUGCUACGCUCUAAAAUUUGGACAUCUUUCACAAUAGAUAUACACUGUACUGUGGAAUGUCU